AUGGCUGCUAAAAUACUCUUAUCGCAGGGUUACGCAAUCGAAUGGGAUUUUGUUGAAGAAAAUCUAUGCAACGACGAGAAAGACAAGCUUCUCUCAGAUAAGAACCCUUCCAGCAGGAAGAUGCGUGGAACGACGCCCUUGGUACUCGUACUCGUUCUGCUAUUCGGGCUCGGACGCCAAUUUGGAAAGUGCAAUGUUUUCCAAAAGGAUGUGAAAGAGCAGCAUGCAUCAUCAAUACUUGCUCUAGCGAAAGCAAGCUUGAAUGAGACCUGUGUUGCGUCAGAACAGUGCAGCGCAAAGGAGAAACAAUCCUUCUGUUACAUUCCGAACGAGCAAGACAAUGGGCACUGCGAAUGUUACCGAGGUUAUCAUGCCUUGUUCCAGGGGAAAAAGUCCUGGUGCAUUCGUGACCACGUGCAAAAGAUCGGAUUCCAGUCACGAGCCAAUAAAAGGAAAACCCGACAGGCAUUAAUUCACACUAUGCUGCUGGUCCACCACGGAAUCCGCCCUAAUGAGCUCCUCUUCCUGCUGGCCGUUCCUUCUGAGCACGGUUACGCAAUCGAAUGGGAUUUUGUUGAAGAAAAUCUAUGCAACGACGAGAAAUACAAGCUUCUCUCAGAUAAGAACCCUUCCAGCACGAAAAUGCGUGGAACGACGCCCUUGGUACUCGUACUCGUUCUGCUAUUCGGGCUCGGACACCAAUUCGGAAACUGCAAUAUUUUCCAAAAGGAUGCGAAAGAGCAGCAUGCAUCAUCAAUACUUGCUCUAGCGAAAGCAAGCUUGAAUGAGACCUGUGUUGCGUCAGAACAGUGCAGCGCAAAGGAGAAACAAUCCUUCUGUUACAUUCCGAACGAGCAAGACAAUGGGCACUGCGAAUGUUACCGAGGUUAUCAUGCCUUGUUCCAGGGGAAAAAGUCCUGGUGCAUUCGUGACCACGAAGCAAGCUUGAAUGAGACCUGUGUUGCGUCAGAGCAGUGCAGCGCGAAGGAGAAACAAUCCUUCUGUUACAUUCCGAACGAGCAAGAAAAUGGCCACUGCGAAUGUUACCGAGGUUAUCAUGCCUUGUUCCAGGGAAAAAAGUCCUGGUGCAUUCGUGAUCACGGGCACAAUGAUGAGCUGUCUGUGGAGGGUCGAUACUACCCGCAGCGUUUUCGGGAGCAGAGGACCAUUUUCAACACGCCAAACCCACGGCUGAUGAACACGAGCCUGCUGCCAGUCGGCAAUGCCAAGCACGGAAGUCGCCACGGCAGCUCCAUGUCUUUGCAGCACCAAAAGUCGCACAAUGGGUCCAAUAAAGCCCAGAAGGCGGAAUGGGGAAAGGCGAAACCAAGUGCCACUGAGGAGUUCAAACAAGAGUACACAACAGAUGGCGCCAUCGACCGAGUUUCGAAUUAG